UCUCACUAUCGUCCCCGCACAAGCUUAAGACAUUUGUUGCACCGAAUUUUCAUAAAAAUAAAUCCAAUGCGAGGGUUUCAUCGUCUUGAGCCAUCGGAUAGAAGUGCUGGACGGCCACGAACAGCCUGUGUUCAGUGUAGCGCGCUCAAGGUUCGAUGCACCGGCGAGAGGCCGUCUUGCUUUAGGUGCUCUCGCCUCCGCCGCUCAUGUACCUGGACAGGAGCCCAGCACAAUUGUUCGUCCCGGCAAGACUCGGUGGCCCCAGCUCGCACCGUCUCAACGUCGACUGAACACGGUUGCAAAUACGUCGGCGUUCAUUAUGGUCUCUUUUUGGACCUUGUGGACUUGUAUUUCUCAAACGUGUACAACGCCUCAUUACUCCUUCACCGCCAAUCCUUCAACCAGUCCUUGUCACAAGGUGCGGUCACGAAACACGUUGCCCUGAGUGUCUAUGCCCUGGGUUCAUGCUUCCACAAUGAUAAUGACCAGUAUUACACAGUCGUCGGGGCAGGCUCCGCCCAUGAAUGGGCAGAAGAAGCAGGCAGACUUGCCCUUUCUCAAGUCGAGUUUCCAACCGAAGACAACCUAGUCACGUUUCUUAAUUUGACCCUUUUCUGGUACAGUCAAGGGCAGUGGCAACGGAUGAUGGUUUUCGAAGCCAAUGCCCAAUGCACUUCACGGUUGCUCGGUCUUGGCAAAAAUCCUUUGGCACAAGCAAAUACCAUCGAGGCUGAGCUGAGUCGUAGAAGACUCUGGGCAUGCUUUCUCAUCAAUCAAUUCAUCGAUCGAACGGCAUCCAACAAGAUGGAAAUCCUGGAAUUUAAGGACGUUCCACUGCCAUGCGACGAGCAGGACUUCCGAAUCGGUGCUAUCCCUGAACAUCAUGCAACAUGGAACCAUCAGCAUGUAACUACUAGCAUCUUUGCUGAGCUAAUAAAAAUUAGCAGCCUCUGGGCAUCUGUCUAUCUCCUUGCGCGUGACGAUGGGUUAGAGAUUGAUCAGAAGCUUUUGACUAUUCAAAAGUUGGACAGCGAACUGAGGACAUGGCAACACGCUCUCAUCAAGGACUUCGAGAUUGAUUGGAGUCACACCCCAGCACUAUCAGCAAUCAACUUUUCUCAGAGAGUGCUCAUCCACAUCACUUACCAUCAGACUACCUGCGUCCUACACUCAUCAAUAGUCCCGUUGCUCUCUUUGAGUUCUGCAGCGGGAGAAUUCAGGUAUUCUCAGGCAAUAUCAGCACAGACUGCGCUCUUCCACGCCCGGAAAAUCUCUUCCCUCUGCCUCCAGGCAGACUUCUGGGAUCCGUCACAAGCUCCGGGAUUUGUGGGUUACGCUGCUUACUCCUCUUGUGCUAUUCAAAUCCCAUUUUUAUGGUGCCGAAAAAGUGGCGUAAGAGAGAGUACCAUGGCCAACAUUAAAGCGAACCUCAAUGUGAUGCGCACGAUAGGCAAGCGUUGGAAACUCGUUGCGGAAUUGCUGAGAUACAUGCCGGUGCUUUAUCACUAUCACAAAAGCAUGGCAUAUUCCCUCGCAGACGAGCCUGGGUCCCUGGAUGCCAUGGACCUCAAUAGAUGUAGGGGCUCGACAAACCGAGCAAGAAUGUCUAUCAUCGGCUACAACGCAAUCAUUUGGAACAAUGACUCAAUCAGAAACCAAGUCGAAAUCGAUAAUUUGGGCCUGGGGACUUAUGAAGAAAAUAGUGGAUAUCGAGCUGAGUCAACUGAUACUCCCGAUCUGACACAUGCAUCAGAUUUGAUGCCGUCAACAGAUCCUUUUCUAUCGCAUUUUGGAUCGGUAGACCCUGAACUGGAAGGACUUACAAGCCAUCGGAUAGCGGAUGCAGUGGUGGAGGCAUUACAGACGUGUGAGGGCUUUGGUCAUUUGGUACCAAUGGAUGAUCUCUCACUAUGGGGCGCUUGUUUAAAUAGCCCCGGAAAAAUGUUUGAAGACUGUUUAGAGGAGUAUAAGUAAUUGUUACUACGUAGUCGCCGCUUAAUAUCAGCCCGAUAUUAGGAUCCCCAGAUCUACUGCAGCAGACGUGGUGCGAGUCAAUGCUAUGCCUCAGGGGUGAUCGCCAGUCGUUUAAAAAAGCAAUUCUUGGUCGGCC